AUGAUAACUGACUCCACAUCCAGAUUGGAUCGCCUAGUCACUCUACUGGAGUCUGGUAGCACGCAGUUGAUCCGAAACACAGCCGCCCAACAGCUUGGUGAUGUGCAAAAGCAACACCCGGAUGAGUUGUUCAACCUUUUAGGUCGCAUCUUGCCUUACCUUCGUUCAAAAUCCUGGGACACUAGAACUUCCGCUGCCCGUGCGAUCGGCCUGAUUGUCACGAAUGCUGAUUUAUUCGACCCGAAUGCCGAAGAUGGCCUGCAGCUCAAGUCAGCAGCUGACGAUGACGACGUCGAAAUCAAGCCUGAGGUCAAACUGGAGGAAAGCUCCACCCCGGAUGACCCGUUUCGCCUUGAAACCCUUGACAUUACGUAUGUUUUGAAGUACGGUAGAAGGCUUUUGGGGAGCGCCGGUAAAGAAUAUGAAUAUUCUCUGGCUUCUAUGGACCCUGCAACCCGUCUUCAAUACCAAAAGAAGACCCUCACUGGACGCCUCGGCCUGCUUGGAGAGUAUGUUGAGGAGGAGCCUAUGGAGCUAAAUGAAUCUGUUCCUAAGCUCUCUACACCUGCCCCUAAGCGCGAAUCGGCUUCAACAGCUUCUUUGUCUCGAGAUAACAGCGUGCAGGACGCCCAAGCGCGUCGCAAUUCGUCACCAGAUGCGAAGCAGGAGGAGUCAGGCCUUAGCAAACGUCAGUUGAACCAGCUGAAGCGCAAAAACAAGCAAAAUGCCAAAAUGGGCGCAAAUAAAGUCCGCGUUGUCGACUUGUCCUCCCGUCGGCCUUCGGAAAAUGUCUCGACCCCCGCAACCCCUCAUCCUGUCAAAGCGGAGAAUGGCGAUGAACAGAAUGGAGACACCAAACUCGACUACUUUUCAUUGGAACGGUCUGCCGACGAUGACGAUUCCAAGAUCGUUUCUGAAUUUAAAGGGGUCGCAGCACCAGAGAAGCCCAUCAUUCAGCCUGAACUCGUUGACCAGGGAUCAGGAUGGCCUUUAGAAUGCAUGUGCGACUUCUUGAAAGUGGACAUAUUUGACCCUAACUGGGAGGUUCGACAUGGUGCUGCAAUGGCUCUGCGCGAGAUCGUCAGGGUUCAAGGCGCUGCUGCUGGUCGCAUGGAAGGUAACUCCCGCGAGGAGAAUGAUCUGCUAAACCGUAAAUGGUUGGACGACCUUGCCUGUCGACUACUUUGCGUUCUCAUGCUCGAUCGAUUCGGCGAUUACAUUUCGGAUAACGUCGUUGCUCCAAUCCGGGAGACUGUUGGGCAAACCCUCGGUGCUCUCCUCUCACACCUUCCACCAAAGUCCGUCCGCCAAGUCUAUCGGAUCCUGUACCGAAUUAUCAUGCAGACGGACCUGAACCUGGAACGCCCAAUAUGGGAAGUUUGCCAUGGUGGAAUGAUUGGCUUACGAUACUUGGUCGCAAUUCGCAAAGACCUCCUGAUCAAAGACUCGAACAUGGUCGAUGGACUUCUGGAGGCUGUCAUGAAAGGGCUCGCUGAUUUUGAUGAUGAUGUGCGCGCUGUCAGUGCUGCCACCCUCGUACCUAUCGCCGAAGAAUUCGUCACUUCUCGCGCCGGUACAUUGGGACCUCUGAUGAAUAUCGUCUGGGACUGUCUCUCUAAUCUGCAGGACGAUCUCAGUGCCAGUACCGGAUCAGUCAUGGAUCUGCUAGCUAAGCUCUGUACAUUCAACCAAGUAUUGGAUGCUAUGAAAGCCAAUGCCGCGGAUGAUCCAGAGGCUUCCUUUGGUAAAUUGGUACCACGCUUGUAUCCCUUCUUGCGACAUACCAUUACCAGUGUGCGUUCUGCUGUACUCCGAGCCUUUAUGACCUUCCUAAAUUUGGAAGGAGAAGGAACUACAGACUGGGUAGAUGGCAAAGCUCUACGCUUGGUUUUCCAGAAUCUCCUGGUAGAGCGCAACGAGGGUGUUCUUAAACUAUCCUUGCAAGUCUGGUCUGAGUUACUUAAGGCAGUCGAACAACGUGGCUCCUUUGGACCUGGACAAGAGCUCACCGGCUCCAUAGAACCUUUAGUCACUCUGACUCUGGGCCCGUUUGGUGUCCCUCGAUACCCCAUUCCCAUGAACUCUGCCCUCUUUAUCAAACCUUCUGGCCUCCCAUAUUCGGCCGCGGCUCCACCUCCAGCGAAGGCCUCGUCGCCAGGGGGACCAGCAGCGUCAGAACCCGGCAAACCAGGUCGCAAACGUAAGGUCGAGAAGAAGGAGGCACCUCCACCUCCGUCUACCCACAAUGUGGAUGGGCACAUGUUAUCUGGUGAUAUCGACUUGGUUGGCGCAGACACUAUGCUACGAUCCAAGAUUUAUGCUUCCAGAGCACUAGGCGAAUUAUUAUCUUUCUGGGACAAGCACGAGCUUCCUCCCUUCUGGACAGAAAUCUUGAACAGCCUUAGUCAUCCAGCCUCCACAUCUCAGCUUGCAUCUGCUAUGGUCAUUGAGGAAUAUGCUCGGUUCGCAGGGCCGGAGACGAAAUUUUCGCCCACCCUAUGCGAGCGUCUCCGCCCCAUUGUGGAAGGAGACCGCCCUUCGUGGUAUUCCGACAUUGCAUGCUACUUGCACGUCGCUCGUGCUCAGUGUCAUUCAUUGCUCAAUACUUUCCGUGACCAUGCGCAUGUUGUCCCCUCUCGACUCCCUAUCCUCGCCGUUGUGGUACAAGGUGACGCUGAGGCUGGGCCGAAUGCAUUCUCUUUGGCUGAUGCUGAGAAAAUCGUCGGUUCGGAUUUCGAUCGCCUAAAGAAAAACCUGACGCCUGCUCAGCGCAUCACUGCUACGCAAGUCCUAGCGGAUACCCGAGCUACUGCCCAGUCCGCAGUUGAUGAGGCCCGUGCUAUGAGAGAACAGCGAGACCUGCGUGUACUUGCUGCAGCUGCGGGUGCACUUGUGGCUUUGCGUGACAUACCUAAGCGCCCUGGCUACAUCAUUAAGGCCAUGAUGGACAGCGUCAAGAAAGAAGAAAACGUAGAGCUCCAGCAACGUUCGGCCACAGCAGUUGCAGGGUUGAUCGAACACUACACGGCGGCAACCAAGCGAGGACCCGUUGACAAGAUCAUUGGCAACCUGGUCAAAUACUGCUGUGUUGACACCUCGGAAACACCCGAGUUUGCUCACAAUGCUCAGUUAGAAAAGUCCAUAUUGUCACUGCGCAAAGAAGAAGACCGACGGGACCACCUCGAUGCUGCCAAAUUUGAGCGGGAGGCGAAGGAAGCUCGCAUCAUGCGUCGAGGUGCUAAGGACGCACUGGAGCAAUUGGCGGUGAAGUUUGGCGCUGACCUUCUGACUAAGGUUCCCAAUCUUGCCUCAUUGGUCGAGCGGCCAUUGACCAGUGCCUUGGCUGGGGAUCUGCCUAACGACAUCACGAACCCAGAAAACGAACUUGGUCAAGAAGUCGUGGAUGGUCUAUCUACCCUCCGUGCUCUUCUUCCCAAAUUCGAUCCCGGCCUUUAUCCUUGGGUCAUUGGACUUAUGCCUAUGAUUGUCAAGGGUCUGCAAUGCCGCCUGUCGGUAAUUCGCUACGCAGCCGCUAAGUGCUUCGCUACGAUCUGCAGUGUUAUCACUGUCGACGGUAUGACAAUGCUGGUUGAGAAAGUUCUCCCGACCAUCAACAAUGCGCUGGAUCUUCACUACCGCCAAGGUGCUAUCGAGUGUAUCUAUCAUCUCAUCCAUGUGAUGGAGGAUGGAAUCCUUCCCUACGUUAUCUUCCUUGUUGUGCCCGUUCUGGGCCGAAUGAGCGAUUCAGACAACGAUGUUCGCUUGCUGGCAACCACUUCAUUCGCGACUCUUGUCAAGCUGGUACCUCUUGAGGCUGGUAUUCCAGAUCCACCUGGAUUCUCGCAGGAAUUGCUUCAAGGCCGUGACCGAGAGAGGAAGUUCAUGUCUCAAAUGCUUGACUCACGCAAAGUCGAGGCUUUUGAAAUACCGGUUGCCAUCAAGGCUGAGCUUCGACCCUAUCAACAGGAUGGAGUCAACUGGCUGGCUUUCCUCAAUCGGUACAACCUCCAUGGUAUUCUUUGCGACGAUAUGGGUCUGGGCAAGACACUUCAGACGAUUUGUAUUGUCGCAAGUGACCAUCAUAUGCGGGCCGAGGAGCAUGCAAAGAGCCAAUCCUUGGAUUCGCGAAAGCUCCCAUCCCUCAUUAUUUGUCCGCCUUCCCUUUCAGGCCACUGGCAACAGGAGUUCAAGCAGUAUGCUCCGUUCCUCAACUGUGUUGCCUACGUUGGUCCAAAGUCAGAGAGAACUCGCCUCCAGGGCCUGCUUCCAGAAGCUGACGUUAUUGUGACAUCUUACGACGUUUGCCGAAAUGAUAGGGAUAUUCUCGGUGAAUUCAAUUGGAAUUACUGUGUUCUCGACGAAGGCCACCUGAUCAAGAAUCCGAAGGCCCAAAUUACAAUCUCGGUGAAGCGACUGGUGAGCAAUCAUCGUCUGAUCCUGUCUGGUACACCCAUCCAAAACAAUGUGCUGGAGCUUUGGUCUCUCUUCGACUUCUUGAUGCCGGGAUUCCUCGGCAAGUCUUCCUCGAAAGAACAAGAAGCUGGUGCGCUAGCCAUCGAGGCUUUGCACAAACAGGUUCUGCCAUUCCUCCUCCGUCGCCUGAAGGAAGAGGUGUUGAACGAUCUGCCCCCGAAGAUCAUUCAGAACUACUACUGUGACCCGAGCGACCUGCAAAAGAAGCUCUUUGAAGACUUCACAAAGAAGGAGCAGAAAGAACUCCAAAGCAAGGUUGGCAGUGCGGACCGUUCGGAUAAGGAACAUAUUUUCCAAGCUCUGCAGUACAUGCGCCGCCUGUGUAAUUCGCCUGCUUUGGUCGUCAAGGAGGGCCACAAGCAGUAUAACGAAGUACAGAACUACCUGGCCUCCAAGCACUCCACCAUCAGAGAUGUCGCUCAUGCUCCCAAGCUUAGCGCGCUCCGCGAUCUCCUCGUUGACUGUGGAAUUGGCCUUGACCACUCCGCAGAAGGAGAGCUCGACACAGGUGCAAGCUACGUUAGCCCCCACCGCGCUCUUAUCUUCUGCCAGAUGAAGGAAAUGCUGGACAUUGUGCAGAACGAUGUCUUCAAGAGGCUGCUCCCAUCCGUCCAAUACCUUCGUCUUGACGGUGGAGUCGAGGCCACAAAGCGCCAAGACAUCGUGAACAGGUUCAACACUGACCCGUCCUACGAUGCACUCCUCCUCACAACCAGCGUCGGAGGACUCGGUCUUAACCUGACUGGAGCAGAUACGGUCAUCUUCGUCGAGCAUGACUGGAAUCCGCAAAAGGAUAUCCAAGCCAUGGACCGCGCCCAUCGUAUCGGCCAGAAGAAGGUUGUCAAUGUGUACCGCCUGAUCACGAGAGGCACCCUAGAGGAGAAGAUCUUGAACCUGCAACGAUUCAAGAUCGACGUCGCUUCUACCGUGGUCAACCAACAAAACGCCGGGCUAGGCACUAUGGAUACCGAUCAACUUCUAGACCUCUUCAGCCUAGGCGAAACAGCCGAGACAGCCGAGAAGCCGGAUGCAACAGGCAACGAAGUGGACAUGGUCGACAUCGAUGGCGAAGUCAAGGAGAAGGGCAAGAAGGGCUGGCUCGACGACCUGGGCGAGCUCUGGGAUGACAAGCAAUACCAGGAAGAAUACAACCUGGACUCGUUCCUGGCGACGAUGAAAAACUGA